UGAGCCUUUUAAUGCCAUUGAUGGCAGGGUCAGACCACACGACCAUUCUCUCUGUUGGAACCCAUGUAAAUGAGCUUGUGUGUAUGUGUGAUUUGGCUGUGUGUCAAAAAAAUCUAUUGAAUUCAGCCCUCUUACACACACACACUGUAAACUUACCACGUUGUGCUUCUCCAACACCCACGACUUGAAGGAUCUGUAUGUACUUGAACUUUCAUGAGACUCGGUUGAACAGGUGCAAAUCCAGUGGGAACAGCAGCUUCCUGGGAGAUCUGCACAGGUGGAGUGGGGUUUUGGGCUCUUAGUCAUCCUUCUAGAUUUGGCCACCAAGCCCAACUUAAAACUUCACUCUGCAUUGGGACCCUGGUCCUGAGAGUGUAGGUAGAAAGAAGGGGGUCUUCCUGAGUGAAAACUAACAGCCACCUUUCCCUUUUCCGCUUGCUCACACCUGCCCAGACGGGUUUUUAUGGCCGCCUCCGCUCAGCCCAGCUCCUCUUACGGACAGGUGACUCCGAGACUGUGGCUGUGACAGGUGACGUUCUCACUCUGCUCCUGGCUUGCGAAGGCGAUGGAUUAAGAUUAUGUUGAGGGCACCAGAAAGAGUUUUUUGUUCAUCGAAUGCAGCAUGGGAACCCUGCAGUCUCUCCAGAUUAUCGGGUUUCUCCUUUGCCUCUCCAUGAUGGAUAUCAAAGGGGAAGAAGAAAGUGUUCCAACCCUUACUAGGGAUGCCUGGGCUUAUGACACAGACAUCCUAGCCAGCUGUGACUUCAAUGACAACCUCAAUCCCUUUUGCAACUGGAAACAGUCCUGUAGCAGUAGCUUCGGAAGCUGGAUCCGGAGCAGAGGUGGAACGCCGACCCUCAGAACAGGCCCAGAGGGGGAUUAUCCUGAUGGAAAGGGCUAUUUCAUCUACCAAGAAGCCAGCAACCUCCUUCCCUUUGACACCACCACCCUUGAGAGCCAGGAGCUUGUGGUCUCCGGGGAAAUAUGCAUCGAUUUCUGGUAUCACAUGUCCGGCUCAGAGGAUUCAAACGAGCUGAAAGUUGUCGUCUUGACCGAUGAGGACGAAUUCAUGUUGUGGCAUCAAAAGGGGGGUCAGAGCUCAGACUGGCUGCAUGAAUCCAUAUCCGUGCAUUUCUUGAGAGAGAGGGACAUCCAGCAAGGAGAGUCCACCACUUUCCGAUGGAAUUUCUUCCACUGCUGA